UACAACCAACCAAAAUGAAGAAGCUGUUCUUUUUCAAAUCAUCAUCUAGUAAUGCCACUGAUAAACAUAUUCUCCGGGAAAAAGAAUCAGAAACUAGUCCCAAGAAGAGUGGUGGUGGUGGCCACGCUCUUAGACGAAGCCGUUCUCUUUCUUCCGCUGCUUUUCUCGUUGAUGGAACUUUUUCAUAUGAUCCUCCAAACGCUACUAGAACCACUCAGCAGCGAACUCAUUCAUCUCGUUUCAGAUGUUUUACACCGGGAAGCCAAGGAGGAGAAGAUGGUCACAUGUACAAUGAUUAUUCAUCUCCAACUUGUUCUAGUAAUCUCUCUGCCCAUGUCUUGGACCGUUUCAUUGAUGGAGAAGAGCAUCAUUUUAAGCAAAAGAGCGGUUCUUCUUCACACAGUAAUCAUCACUAAUGGAGUGUCAAAGGAAGGAGGCUCCCACCUCGAGUUCAAACCCCUUAUUCACCACUAUCACAUCAUGUCCAAGAAAAUUGUAUGAAAGAUGCAUCAGCUCCUUCACUUUCAAGAAGCCUACUCUCUCAUAGUAAGGCAUCGAGUUAUGACUCAAAAGACUUGGAUGUUUACGCCAAUCUUGUUCCAUUGUCUGAACACAAAGCAGAGCAGCAGGAGUUGUUCUUGCACAGUGAGAACAUGCAUGUGGGCACUGAUCAUGUUUGUAAAGAAGGCGAGCUAGAGAAGAAGUAUAAAGAAGCUGAGAAGAGAGUGAAUCUGCUUUCUCAAGAGCAGAAGCUUCUUUCAGACAGUGACUUUGACGUAUCAUCUUUGGUUGAUGAUGAGAGAGUAGGUUUGGCUUUGGAAGUCUUAACUCUUCUGCGUUCACAAAUAGACGAGAGAGCUUCCGCUAAGGAAGAGAUCAAACGAGCAAAGACUGUUUCAGAGUUGCAUAUAAAGAGACUAGAGAAAGAGAAGAACGAGUUACAGUUUGAACUGGAGAAAGAGAUUGAUAGAAGGUCAGUAGAGUGGACUUCGAAGCUCGAGAGUUUCCAGAUGGAAGAGAAGAGGCUGAGAGAGCGUGUCAGAGAGCUCCCUGAGCAUAAUGUCUCACUCCAGAGAGAAGUCUCAACGUUCCAUGAAAAGGAAACCGAGCGCAUUGUUAUGAUGAGAAACAUGGAGGAGAAAUUUAAUGAGUUGAGUGAAACAGCAGAGGAAAGGCAUCAAGAAAAUGUGUAUCUUACGCAAAACCUCUCCAAGUUACAAGAGAGUUACACUGGUGCUACGGAAGAGAUUGAUUAUGUAAGAAGAGAGUUUGAGGAGAAGGAGAUGGAAUGCAAGGUGUUGCACAAAUCUGUUACGAGGUUGCUAAGAACCUGUGGGGAACAAGAGAAGACUAUUCAGGGACUUAGAGAUAGUUUCUCCGAGGAACCUAAGAAGCAACCUUCUGAAGAUAUGGUGAAGAAGUUGCAGAUGGAACAGAUAAGGUUGACAGGGGUUGAGUUCUCACUUAGAAAGGAGGUGGAAUCAAUGAAGCUCGAAGCUGAUUCACUACGUGUUGAGAAUGCUUGUUUGCGGAGCUAUGACACUAUGACAUCUUUCAAGCUAGACAAUGAGAUGAAGAUGUGUGUAUGCCUCUUGCAAGACCAAGGGGUUUUGAUGUUAAGUGAGAGCACGCAGCUAUGUUACAAGUUGCUCAAGUUCAUCAAAGAGAGAUUAUCUGAGGAGAUGGUUAAUGGGUUGAGUGAGCAGUUUCUGAUUGAGUCUGAAAUGAAUGUCCAUGGAAUACGGUGUGGAACUGAAAGCCUCAAGAGGAGUUUGCAGACAGUCAACAGUUUGUUGCUUGAGAAAGCCAAUGAGAUUGCAUCAAACUCAGAAUCAACGAUGUCUAGUGAGCAAAACAACCAAACUGUGGAGGUGAGUUUCAUUUCAACAAAGGGUUUAUUACAUGUUUGUCUGUGGAGGUGA